AUGGCCGUGGAACUUCCCCCCACCGUGGCAGCCUCGUCACUGCAGCAAUUCCUCAUGUCAGGUGCCGCGGCGGUCAUCAGCUGGCUGGUGUUCACCCGGUUGCUCAGAGCGGCAGACGUCGAGCCAAAGGGCGAGAAGAUGGGGUUGGGUCCGGAGAAAAGCAACCUUGCAGAUGAGUUUCAGUAUGGCCCGGACGGAGAUGAGGAUUGGAAGGUCAAGAGCCUGUGGAUAUACCCCGUAAAGAGUUGCAGAGGGGUCGAGGUGGAUGAGGUGAAUGUAGUGCCUACUGGUUUUGAGCAUGACCGCCAAUUCAUGUUCGCCGAACUCCGGCCCUACCCGCGCACUGGCGCCCCGGAAUGGAACUUCAUCACGCAGCGCCAAUACCCGCAAAUGGCGCUCAUCACACCCACCAUCCACACGCAGCCCAAGUCCCCCACCGGCGGGACCUUGAGCAUCACAUUCCCCCUCACAGCCACGCCGCGCCCAUUGCCGCUGUCACUGCUCCCAGCGGGUACGGACACGAGGACAUUCCAGCUGCCGCUGUCGGGCAGCAAGGAUGUCAUGGCAAGAUUCCCUCUCGUCAAUGUAAAGAUCUGGAAAUGCACCCCCGAGGCAUACGACGUCAGCAGUGUGAUCCAGAGCGAGCUGAAGGAGCUCGCGGCCUUCCUCGGCGCGAAGGGGGAGGUCAGGCUCUUUAGGACCUGCGAGGAGCGGUUGAGGGAGGUGUACAGGAACGCGCCGAGGAAGGAGGAGUUGGGCUUCCAGAGUGUGGUUGGGUUUGCGGAUGCGUAUCCAGUGCAUAUGCUCAACCUGGCUUCGGUGCGGGAACUAAAUAGCAAGAUUACAGACAAGAUCCCAGAUCUUAGCGUGAAGCGCUUUCGCGCUAAUAUCGUUGUUUCGGGACCUAAAGCAUUCUCAGAGGAUGAUUGGAAGAAGAUUACGUUUGGAGGAAAGAUGUACUACGCUGCUGCACGUACGGUCCGAUGCCGCCUCCCAAACGUCAACCAGGACACCGGAGAGAAACACAUGCAAGAACCCGACAAAACCAUGCGCUCGUACCGCAACAUUGACGCAGGGUCGCCGAAGAAUGCAUGUCUGGGCAUGCAGCUCGUGCCCGCGGACGAGCGGAGCGUGCUCAGAGUCGGCGAGAAGCUGGGCAUCGUGGAGACUGGCGAGCAUUUGUAUAUUCCUUUGUUCUCGUGA